CCGCUCGGGCCGCCGUAGUCAGCUGCCGCGAGCAGGAAGUGUCCGACGGCGGCGGCGGCGGCGGGCGGAGACUGCACGAUGGCCCCGGACCCCUGGUUCUCCACAUACGAUUCUACCUGCCAAAUUGCACAAGAGAUUGCCGAGAAAAUCCAACAGCAAAAUCAGUAUGAAAGAAAUGGUGAAAAUACAAUCAGGCUUACCGUGACCAUCAGAACUUUGUUGCAGAAUCUGAAGGACAAGAUCGCCCUUUUGAAGGACCUGCUGCUAAGAGCCGUGUCAACACAUCAGAUAACACAGCUUGAAGGAGACCGAAGACAGAACCUGCUGGAUGAACUUGUAACUCGAGAGAGACUACUUGUGGCAUCCUUUAAGAACGAGGGUGCAGAACCAGAUCUCAUCAGGUCCAGCCUGAUGACUGGAGGGGCUAAGCGAGGAGUCCCCAAUCCUUGGCUCUUUGAGGAGCCAGAGGAGACCAGAGGUUUGGGUUUUGAUGAACUCCGGCAACAGCAGCAGAAAAUUAUCCAAGAACAGGAUGCAGGCCUGGAUGCCCUGUCCUCUAUCAUCAGUCGGCAGAAACAGAUGGGGAAGGAAAUUGGGAAUGAACUGGAUGAACAAAAUGAAAUAAUUGAUGACCUUGCCAACCUGGUGGAGAACACAGACGGGAAGCUCCGCACUGAGACCAGGCGCGUGACUAUGGUGGACAGAAAAUCAGCAUCUUGCGGAUUACGUGAGGCAGGUGUGAAUGAAUUCCUUAAGAAGCAGACCUGUGAAAUCAACCCUGUAGUGAAAUGUCACGAGCCCUCCUCCCCGCCCCCAAAAUGCAGCUCUGCCUGCCACACUGCCAGGUGGGUGCACCAGAGGCUUGGGUGGACACAGGCGGCGUCCAGCAUUUACCAAGUCUUCUUGAUUAGAGAUACUCUUAUAGUAGCUGAGGUGAGCUGUCACAACACAGAGGAUGUAAAUGUCCUGUGAGCCAGAAAGUUCCAA